ACAAUCAAAAAUGUGACUCAAAAUAUCCGGUUUGUCCUAGAAACCGCCAUAUCCGGACAGGGCGGAAAUGUAAUAGCAUGCAAAAAAACCACAACCGAUGUUAACGAUUACAGGAUUUUGCUUUCAUUAUUGUCUUCAUUUUUAGAGUUUUAAUCGCUAUAUGACGUCAGGAAUGAACUGUUUUAACCCAGCUGUCACGGUUGACGAAUACCUCGCGGAGACUAACGUGCUCUUUUACCUGAGUGAUGCUUUGGCUCAGCUGCUGGAACACAAAGAAGAAUACACCAAUGUUGGCGUCACCCGCUACUUUGCUGAAUAUUUCAGCAGCGUGAAGAAUAGUAAUCACAUCCUCUUCAGGGAGUUUAACUACAUCAGGGCCACUCCUCAUAACAGAGCCUCAUUCAUCAGAGUCUUCUGGAGGUGCUACAGACAGAUUGGCAUGAGUGGAGAUAUGCUGUCUAUGUUGGAGUACAGCUCCCUACUUCAAUUACUAUGCCCAGACUUCCCAGUGGAGAUAGUGAAGAGUGCUGCCAGAAUUGCUUUGAUGAAUGAGGGCGCAAACUGUUUGAUGUCUUUCUCGGACUUCCUUUACGCCUUCCAACUGCAGUUUUACUACCAAGAAUUCCUGGACAGUGUGCAGCUGAUUUACCAGGACUUGUUGGCCGGAAAGAGUCCAAACACUGUCAUAGUUCCCACAUCAGCUUCUGUCGAACAAAUUCCUUGCUUGGCCUUAGAGGAAAAACGGGAUCUUGAGAUAGAGGCUUCCACUCUGGCUGGAUGCAUAGAUGCCCUCUGUGACCGCUUCAGACACAGUCACCCUCCCAGGUCAUGUUUAAAAGACGCACUAGAGGAAAGUGGCAAGGUGGCGUACGACAGCUUGCUGAGGAGCCUGGCCAAACAUGAGGUCAUAAACCAAACCAUUGGAGCAUUACCGAGCAAGACCGAGGUACUAAUUGACCAGGAUUUGGACCACGAACUGGACAAACUCAUUGCUCAGAUCUCAGUCAGUCCCAGCAGCAACAGCAGCGGAAGUGCAGUGGGGAUGCUGAAGGAGGUGCAGAGGAAGGCCUCCCCCAGGAGAAACAUCCACCACAGAAGGAAGAUGGAGGUGGAGAGUGACGGCUCCACGGAGGAGACGGACUCCUCUGAGAACUGAGCCUUUCACGCUUGAAUCGUGAGACCUUUGACUUGCCUCUCUAAACUCACUCUUAAGCUUCAUUUAUGGCAGAAUAGUGACGAGGAAGUCAACCUUUUAGAACGAGGACUUGCGUGAACAAAUGUGCUGUAAAAUUACUUAUUUAUUUAUGCCCUUGCACACUGAACUAUACAAUAUAGUGCUUUAUUUAUUCCCUGACACGUAUGGAGAUCCUCAUUCACAUAAAACCCUUGAUUAUUGGAGAUGUAACUGAAACUGACUUGAGAUUUCUCAUAUUUGCUGGAAAAUGGAAGCUUCUAAAGUGCACCAUGCAUGAAUCAUUUCAAUAAAUGCAGUUGUAAAUGUGA